AACCGCCUCUUUGUUAUUUUCGUCUCUACUUUCAUGAUGUUCUUUCUAUAAAGUAAUAAUUUGUGUUUAUUAUUUAAUAUAAGUUUGACAAAGGGAAAGCAAACGAAAAAAAAAAUGUCUGAUAAAGAUUAUGCUCCACUUAGCUCUUAUUGCGUUCGGGCUCUCAACGACAAACUUUAUGAAAAGCGUAAAACAGCAGCAUUAGAGAUAGAAAAAAUGGUUAAAGAUUUUCAAAGAGUCAAUGAGACAACAGAAAUAAGAAAAUUACUUAAAGUAUUAGGCCAAGAUUUCACAUUAUCUCAUAAUGUCAAUAGUAGGAAAGGAGGUUUGAUUGGACUUGCUGCAAUGGCUAUUGCUUUAGGAAAGGAUACAUCUCUUUAUGUUGAUGAAUUAGUGCGGCCAGUUCUUUCAUGCUUCAAUGAUCAAGACACCCGUGUGCGAUAUUAUGCAUGUGAAGCUUUGUACAAUAUUGUUAAAGUUGCAAGAGGAUCUGUGCUGCCAUUUUUCCCAGAUAUAUUUGAUGCAAUUAGUAGACUGUCUGCUGAUGCCGAUCAAAAUAUAAAAAACGGAUCGGAGCUUGUUGAUAGACUCAUGAAAGAUAUUGUCACAGAAAGCUCUUCAUUUGAUCUGGUUGGCUUUAUGCCUCUUUUAAGGGAAAGAAUAACAUCCAAAAAUCCUUUUACAAGGCAGUUUAUUAUCUCCUGGGUUUCAACAUUAGAUUCUGUACCUGACAUUAAUAUGAUAGUUUUUCUUCCUGAAAUUCUUGAUGGCCUGUUUAUUAUAUUGGGAGAUCCUCUUGCUGAAAUCAGAAAGAUGUGUGAGUCAGUUUUAGGAGAAUUUUUACGAAAUAUUAUUGAAAAUCCUCGUCGAGUUAAUUUUGUUGCUAUGGUGAAUAUAUUGACUAUGCAUGCAAAUUCAACUGAGGAUUUGGUUCAGUUUACUGCUCUUGUAUGGUUAAAAGAAUUUGUAAGGCUUGCUGGAUGCACACUAUUGCCUUAUUCAUCUGGUAUACUGACUGCUGUACUUCCAAAUUUAGCUCAAGAUACUGAAAAUAGAAGAAAUAUUGUUGAAACAGCUAAAACAGUUAACAAUGAUCUAAUGAAACUAGUUGUACAAGAAAAGCAACAGCUGACAUGUGAGGCUACUGAUGAUUCUUCGUCAUCUGAUAAAGUUGAAGCACCUUUAAUGGAUCAGUUGGACAAUCAGCUUGAUUUGAAGUCUCUGGUUAUUGUUUUAACAAAACAGAUAAAAUACGAUUCAAUUCAAACUCGUAUUGCAGUCUUAAGGUGGAUACAUCAUUUGCUCUUGCAAAUUCCAGAUAAGAUAUUCAUAUAUGUGGAUGACAUAUUUCCUGUUCUCUUGCAAACAUUAUCUGAUCCUUCAGAUGAGGUUGUACUUUUAGACAUAGAGGUCUUAGCUGAAAUAUCAAAGUCACCUGCUGGACAAAAACAUCAUUCUAAUUUUGAGAAUGUUGCUUCAUCAUGCUUGUUAAAAGAGAUCAAAUUGAAACCUCCAUCCAACUUGAAUAGUUACUUCACGAGUUUCAUGCUGUCACUUUUGUAUUUGUUUAAGACAAAUAGUCAGCUGUUUGAAAGCAAGUGUUCUUUCAUUAUCAGGCAGCUUUGCAUUUUAUUAAAUGCAGAAGACAUUUAUCUCACUUUAUCAGAAAUUCUAGUCAUUUACAAUGAUGCCCGAUUUUCCUGUCAGAUGGUGCAUACCUUGAAUAGUAUCUUACUUACUUCAACUGAACUUUUUGAACUCAGGAAUCAACUUAAAGAUCUUAAAACAGAGAGCAGCUGGUCUUUAUUUGCGUGUCUGUAUCGAUGUUGGUGCCAUAGUCCUGUUGCCACAGUUUCUCUUUGUCUCUUGGCUCAGACUUACAAACAUGCAUGUGAUCUGUUGCAUCUUUUUGCAGAUAUUGAAGUAACAGUAGAUUUUCUGACAGAAAUUGACAAGCUUGUUCAGCUCAUAGAAUCUCCUAUAUUUACAUAUUUAAGGCUUCAGCUUCUUGAUGCUCAACAGAACCCGUACUUAGUUAAGAGUUUAUAUGGCCUUUUAAUGUUAUUGCCCCAAAGUGAAGCAUUCCAUACUUUGAGACAUAGACUUGCAUGUGUUCCUAAUGUGCAGCUUAUGCCUCCCCAAAAGGCAAAACCAAAGGAUGAAAGGAAGCCACCUUCUUUCAUUAAUUUUGAUGAACUUAUAAAACAUUUUAAAGAAAUUCAAGAUAGAAGAAGAAAAGAAAAGAAAACUAUUCUAUGGAAAUAGUGUUGAUUUAUGUACAAAUUUCUUCUCCGAAUUGAUACUUAUGAAUGACAUAUUUUAAUGCUAUUUGUUACAUGUAUUUAACACACAAGUUAUUAAAAAAUGAAUUAUUGUAUUAUUUUCCCAUUUAUCAAAUAUAUUGUGAUUGAAUUGUAUUCAGUAUCUUCUCUGUUGAAUAUAUUAUGAGCUAUAUUUAUGUACUUUUAUGUGAAAUUGAAGUAUAUUAUUUUAUAUUUGUUAUAUUAUUUCUUAAUUUAUUAUGUUUUUCUGUUAUGAAAUUAAAUACAUUAAUAUAUUUACAGUUAUUGGAUAUUUUGUAUGAACUUUAACGUAUUUCCUGUGAUAAGAAAACAAAAUGUUUAACAACAGGGUGCUUUCCCAAAUCUAAUCUUUCGUUUUUUUUAUGUUGUUAAUUAUUUUGUAAGUAAAUGUAAUGUAAUAAGCAUUAUAAAACAUGCAGUUUCAACUAUUUAAAGUCAUUUAAAACUGAAAUCAGUUACAGAAAUUGGUGUUAAAAUGUUGCACCUUUUAAGUGGAUGGAAAGAUUGAAAUUUUGCUGGCACAUAUAUUAUUUUGUUUUUAGAACUUUGGAAUAUAAAAUUUACGCUUUGAAUAUGAAGCUGUAUGGAUUUUAGCAUUUUGCAGAUUUCAGAUCAUAAAAGAAAAAUUAUUACAUUUAGAUUAAUAAAAAGAAUAAA